AUCCACAGUCUCCUCAGGAACAGCCUUCUCCUGCCUCCUCUGCACCUGGACAACUCAACUCCUGCCAAGAUGUCCUGCCAGCAGAACCAGCAGCAGUGCCAACCCCCACCCAAGUGCCCCUCACCCAAGUGUCCCCCAAAGAGCCCAGUACAGUGUCUGCCUCCAGCUUCCUCAGGCUGUGCCCCAAGCUCUGGGGGCUGUGGCCCUAGCUCCGAGGGCGGCUGCUUCCUGAGCCACCACAGGCGCCACCACCGAUGCCGGCGCCAGAGGUCCAACUCCUGUGACAGGGGCAGUGGUCAGCAAGGCGGGGGCUCUGGCUGCGGCCAUGGCUCUGGAGGCUGCUGCUGAUCCAGAUACUGAUGCUGAGACAAGCGAUCUUUGGAGGAAAUAAGAAUCCCAAGAGGCCAGGAACAGCCCCAUCCUGACGCAGGCCUUCCCAUAUACCCUCUUCUGGCUUUCACAGGCUGAGCUGGGGGUUUUCCUGUGGAAGGUCUGAGCUCUCCCCAGAAGGCACUUCCUGUCUGAUGUCCAGGAUGUCACAUGUUCCCUUACCCCUGUACCUGUGAAGGAUUGGCAGUGCUUGUGCCUGACCUCGUCAAAAAAUAAAGCUCCUUGUCUUCAUUACCA